AUGACGAUGUUGUCAAUUCUGAUCAGUCUUGCGUUGAUUUUUCCUGUCUUGGUGCAGCCAGCACCGGAGAUUCAGCUUCCAGAUGGCAAGGUGCAAGGUGUCGACAAGCAAGCCCAAGCCUCCCAGAAGCCCUACAUCGCUUUCUAUGGAAUCCCCUUCGCCAAGCCCCCGGUCAACGAGCUCCGGUUUAAGCCACCUCAACCAUUUGUUGGAACUGGGCCAGAUGUGGUGAUUUCUUCAGACAAGUUCCGACCGGCAUGUCUUCAAUCGUGGCCAGACCCCAGCAAGGUGAUCAACGAGGACUGUCUCUACCUCAACGUCUAUACUCCACCAGACCUGACCAAACUCAGGAAGGUGAUGUUCUGGAUACACGGAGGAGGCUUCAAACAGGGGGACGCGACGCAAUACGUGCCUUCCCAGUUGGUCACGGACAAAGACGUGAUUGUGGUCACCACACAGUACCGACUGGGCAUCUUCGGGUUUCUCACUUCACAGAAUGGAGAUGGAAACAAUGGACUACGAGACCAGAUUUUGGCUUUAAAUUGGACCAAAAAUAAUAUUCAAUCGUUUGGCGGGGAUCCCAAUGACAUUACCAUAUUUGGGGAGUCUGCCGGAUCGGCAAGCGUGUCCUUUCUGGCUCUAAGUCCUUUAACCAAGGGACUGUUUACAAAGGCAAUCAUGCAGAGCGGAACUGCUUUCUCUGGCUGGGCAAUCAACCGACACCCUUCUCUGCUUCUGGAUAUUGUUUCCGAGAAGCUAGGCUGUACCGCCUCGCUGUUUUACCUGUUCUGGUUCAAACAAAUCCGCAGCAUAGACAAAAUCAACUGCAUCAAAAACAAGUCAGUUAGUGAACUUUUGAACGUGAUUCCAGAGACACAAGACAUCGCAGAUUCACUAAACUCCGACAAGCUGUUUAUCCCUGUCAUAGAUGGCGACGUUCUGCCCCAGAGUCCAGAAUCUCUACUGGCUAAUGUCUCUUAUCUAAGGUCCAAUGGAAUUUUAGACAGAGAUUACAUUAUGGGAUGUACAAACAACGAGGGACUGAUCCUGUUUGCGUCACAGAUGGUCACUGAGGCUGGAAUCGGUAACUUCACGGCAGCUUCAUCAGCAGAGAAAUUCAUCAAAGCGGCUUCUAAUCUGCUGUCUCCAAAUAACGCCAUAGAGGCGGACAAGCUACAACUGAUCUACUAUCAGUAUAGCUACCCCAGGGAUGAGGACGAACACGCGCCGCUUCAGGACCUUCUAGACAUUGCAACAGAUGUGCUGUUUGCAGUACCCACAGUCCAGCUGGCUCGAGCCCUGACACAAGCCUCAAACAGCACCAAUGUCUACCUGUACUUAUAUGAUCAUGGACCAGAGCUCCUGAAGCCCGAUGGUUUAUUUAGAGGUUCUACCCACGGAUUAGAUCUUUCCUACGAGUUCGACCUCUCCGAAAUCUCCAAUCUUCAGAGCUUCUAUGCCCUGCCUCCUCAACCAUCUGAGAAGAACCUGACCGAGCUAUUCCUCACAGUCCUGAGUCAGUUUGCUAAAACAGGAAGUCCUCUAGGACCGCCAGGUCAAGAGCCUCAGGUUUGGCCUCGCUAUAACCGAAAAGAUGAGCACUUCUUCAGAAUCUCUUUGACUCCGAAGAACGACCAGCACCUCUUCGCCAAAAGAGUAGCGUUGUGGACAGAUAUAGUUUUGAAGAGCAACAGUCAGACCUCGAAACCCUGGAGAGGAUUCAGGAGACACUAA